CGGACUAGUCUUAUGCCUGGCAUUUUAAGAACUGUUGCUCACAACAAGGACCAUCCUAAGCCCAUAAAGAUUUUCGAAGUAGGUGAUAUAGCAAUUUUGGAUGACAAAAAAGAUGUUGGUGCCAAAAAUCUACGACAACUUGCUGCACUUUACUGUGGGGCUAAUGCAGGAUUUGAGAUAAUUCAUGGCUUGGUGGACAGAGUAAUGGAAAUGAAUGGGAUUCCCUUUGUUUCAUCUGGUGAUAUAUCGGGGUAUUAUAUUGAGCGGUCAGAUGAACCUGAGUUUCUUGCUGGAAGACAAGCUAGAAUCGUUUACAAGGGAAAGCAAAUUGGGAUUUUUUGCAUUGUUCAUCCCGAGGUAUUAAACAACUUCGACAUUCUAGAUCCUUGCUCCUUUGUAGAGCUUAACAUUGAAAGUUUGUUAUAAAAAUUAUUUGUUUCAAAUGUAUCCAUUUGCCCCUGGCACCAUUUAAUCAUUGUUCCUUCAAUCUGGGAAUCAAGAUCCUUCACUUCUUGAGCCGCAUACUUGUUCUUGGAAUUUAGGACUACACUAGCUGGGGAGAGGAGUAUGUAACUAAUAUGCCCUAGAUUAGGGGUGUUUUGUUCAUUAUACGAUUGUGUAAUUUUCUUAAGUUUAUUAUUAGAAGCAAUGAGUUGUCUACUGGGAUAAUUCUAACAUGAAUCAUAGAGCUAUUGUUGAAAAAUAGUUGAUUUCGGCCUUAAAACAAGACAGGAUAUUGGUACGUUUCAAUUGUCUAUACAAGAUAGUAGUCUCAAGACCUAUUGUUUGAUCUAUUGACGUGGCAACAUUUGAUUGAUUGCAAGUAUUUUAGGUACCAAUAUUUUACUGUCA